UCAAAGUAAACGAGAAAAAAACAGAAAGGAGAAAAAAACAGAAAGGAGAGAAAAAAAGGCCCUUUCUCCUACCUCCAUCUCUGAAGCUCGAUCGGAUCCCAUUCUCACCAUUGAUGCGCUCGGAUCCGAACCCGACUCGAACUCUCCGUUGAGACUCGAUCGCGGAAAUGGAGGACGAAGCUCAGAAGAGGAACACCGAUUGCGUCUACUUCUUAGCUUCUCCCCUCACCUGCAAAAAGGGGAGUGAAUGCGAGUAUCGUCAUAGUGAGAACGCGAGACUGAAUCCAAGAGAUUGUUGGUAUUGGUUGAACAGCACUUGUCUCAACCCAAGUUGUGCUUUUCGGCAUCCGCCUCUAGAAGGGCUCCCAGCAACUGUGAGUGAAGCAACUCAGCUACAGUCCAAUGCUUUAGCCCCCACAACAAAGGCAAAUGUUCCAUGUUACUUCUAUUACAAUGCAUAUUGCAUCAAAGGUGAUCAAUGCCCUUUCUUGCAUGAGGUUAUGUCUGCUCAGAAGUUUCCAAAAGCAGCCCCUGAAUCCACCAUUGUCCAUCCUCCUCUGGAAAAUAAAGCAUCAGCUGGUAGCGAUACAGGAUCGGCAUCAAUAGAAGUGCCAUCUAAUCCUCCUAAUGGCACCAUAGAGCUUAUCAAACAAGAAAAUUCCAAAGAGAUCAUCCAACAACCAGCUCCCGCUGUUGUUUUAGAAGAACCCAGCCCCUCUGCAGAGUCAUCAGUACCUGACUGUGAGGAACCUGGCAUUAAGUCUCCAGAAGAAAAAUCACCUCUCCCUACUGAGUUUAUGAAUGGUAGUCCUCAACUUUGCCCAGAUCAGAGUUCAGAUGACAUUGUGAAGGAAUCUGCUGAAGGAGACGAAUGGUGGGAGUCAUCCCCUGGGUUUGAUGUGCUUGUGGAUGAUGGAUCAGAACAAUUAGCUUACGAAGAAGAUGCUGACUAUUUACUAGUUCAAGACAGAGAGUCUGAGAUGCUCCAUAGAGGACUACUCCCCUAUGAUUACGAAGUUGCUGCUGGCUUUGAUCCUCUAGCUUAUCCAGAUGCUGGUUACUUAUAUGAGCAUGGUGUAUAUGAAAAUUUUGAUCAUGCAGACAACAGAAAUACUCCUGAAUGCUUCCAUCGUGUUUCUGAGCACUCGAGGAAGAGGAAUUUGGAACCAUCACCACAUAGAAGAAGGAAGCCAUCAAGAAGGAGGCAUGAAGUGAUUGGUGGUAGAGAAGUUGUGGAUCUUAGGGACCAUUUGAGGAAGCGAAGAAGAACAGAUCGAAGUCCACACAAGCGCCAUUCCUCUCGAACACAUAACGAUAGUGAGUCUGCUGCAUUGAGGGAUUUCCAGAGGAGAGGUUGGUCAGGCAAGUCCCAGUCUAUUAGGCAUCCUCGACCGAGGCUAAGGGAGAGGGAAAAUCGGAGAAUUAGAAAGCCUCCACCAGUUUUAUUCUCUGAGAUUUCACGGGGACCUGUUCCUGAAAGGACAGAAUCGUCACUAAUUAAGUCCACUGGUGCUAAUUUUUCUGGGCCUAAGACUCUUGCACAGAUAAAAGAAGAGAAAAUGAGAGCUAAGGAAGUAGAUGGCAAGGAGAGCUGUGGAGACCAUAUUCCUCGAAACCCUAGAAGGCCUUGGUCCAAAGACUUUGAGGGCCCAAAACCUUUAAAUGAACUUUUGAAAGAAAAAAGAUCUGUUCCUGGGGGAGAGCACAAUGCAAUUAGUGGAGAUAAGGAACUGGGGCGUAGAGAAACUUUCAGGAAAGGGAGCAAUGGGUAUGAGAGUGAAUUUGUAGGCGAUGAUGAUGAUGAUGAUGAUGAUGUUGAUGAAGAUGUCCUUCAUGAAAAACUCAUAAAAAUGCUCUCUUCAUAA